AUGACCAAAUCUGCUUCUAAUAGAUUAUGUAAGACAUGGAGUGACCUACAGUACAAUGAUAGAUUUUAUUAUGAAUUACCAUCUAAUAAUUAUUGUGGAAACCACGUAUUAGAUCAAUCUAAACCAUGGUGUAUUGUUGAAGAUGGUUUAAAUCUUGUUUAUGAACAUUGUAAUAUACCAGGAUGUCCAAAAUCCUCCAAUAUGGCUACUAUGACAUUAUCACCACAAUCCGUCGACAGUCGGUUCCUAUCAAACGUCUAUCAGUGUUUUUAUCACACAGGAAGUGACGCAGUUUAUUUUCACAGUAGUUAUAGAUCUGUGUUUGACUCAGCAUGUUCAAAGACCAAUGCAACAAAGAUUCUAUAUGUGUGUUCAUUUUAUUUAGAAGAAUGGAAAAUUAUCGAAUAUCUUUGUGAUUCGGUUUCAGUUUUGUCAUCUUCUAUUGAAUCAACAUCUGCUUAUGAAGACACAUCCAGUACCAUGGAAUCGGUAACUGGUAUUUUGUCCGAGCUAUCAUCUAGUACCAUCAUUGAAUCGACACCAACAUACGACGCUACCAUUAGUUUAGACAGUGUCAGUGAUGUAAUUUCCAAUAACAAUGAUGUCGUGUUCUCAACCGGAAGUUUCUCGUACAUGAAUACGGAUUAUCUGUUUGGCAGUGAAAGUUGUUGGACAUGCUCUACGACUACGUCUACAAUUGCAGUUUCUAGUUACGUUACAGAAGCGUUGAUAUCGACACAACUGGUCUCACGAAGUUGUACAUGUUACUGUAGACCAAAACCAUCACCUAAUACUACUGAUCUGGGUACUAAGUCAAAUCACCUUCCUACAAUGGAGAACCUUAUUCUGAACAAGAGUAACUUAUCACGAACAUUUCGCAAGAAAAACAGUGUCCAUGAUAGUCGAACGUUUUCUAUUGCUGUAGGCAGUGUUGGUGUUUUCAUCAUAAUUGGUUCAGCUCUAUUUCUAGCGUCCAGUGAUUUUUCUAGGGUGUUAAUGGGAACAUCUGAUAUUAUGAAUCGGGUCAGGGCCACCACUAAUACCAACGACAGUUGA